AUGUAAAUAAGGAAUAAGGAUAAAACUAUGUACAUAAACAUUGGGAAAAGGGAGGAAGGGGUAGAAUUAUUGAAGUUCAUUAUAAUUCUAGUUUAAUAAUUCAUAAAAUUUUUUUAAUAAGGAAUAAUGCAAAAUAAUUUUUUUUGUUAAAAUUAUCCUUAUUACAAAACCAUCUUAACAUAAAAAACGCUUAUUAAACAAUGUCCAAAUACUUAAUUUUGCAUUAUAAUUACAUUAAUUAGUUUAAUUCAAUAAGUGGAUGUCGUCUAAAAAUACUUCCAAUUUAAUUGUAAAUAGAUUAAUAAAUAAAAAGUUAUUGACUAAUAAAUAUCUAAUAUAUUUACUUUAUAUUUUUGA